GGUUUUACAAUUUAAAAGCUUUUAUUAAAAACUUUUUCAAAUAAAAGUGAUAUACCACCUCCAUGCACCCUAAAGAGAUUACAAGCGUAGCAGAGAUAGCACGGACUGGCACGAAACAACACACUGACGUUCGAAUUUCGAACGGCAUCAGUGCGGUCGUGGCUGCCAAUCGUGUCCAACCAAAAUGGCGGCUAGAACAGGUGACAGGUCGAAAUGGAGACGAAGAAAAUGCUCCAAAAGUCCUACGGAGGAGGAUAAUGAUUGUGCAAGCCUGGCAUGGCUGCUGAACUUCAGAUUGGACGAUUUCGUGAACAUCAAAGUGCCUGAUGACGAGCCUGUUGUGAAAGAGCCGAAGGUGGAUAUUCCUGAUACGCCACCGGCGCUAAAGAAACCGCCGUAUACAUAUCCUGAGCUGAUUGAGAAGGCUUUGAGGGAGAAUGGAGAGUUAACAGUAUCUGCCAUAUACCAAUGGAUCUCAGACCGUUUCCCCUUCUACAAAGCGAACGACGAGCGCUGGAAGAACUCAGUUCGGCACAACCUGUCUAUCAACCCUCACUUUCGUAAAGGCGCGAGAGCUCCUCAAGGCGCCGGUCACCUCUGGUCUUUGGCAGCCAACGCCAUAGACCUGCUGCCUCUGAGGAACAUGGUGUAUGAGGAGAAGAAGACUGUUGUUGAUGCCGUUGAGAAGACCAGGGUGCUUGGGUUCCCUAAGGUGAUCGUGCUCGAUGAGGCAGCAAUAGCAGCCGCCAGCAUCAUCCCGGACCAAGACUUAUUCACUGGGAGCACAAUGUUCUUAAACCCGGUGUCUACGGAGCAAGUGGUCAGGGAAAGUGGACUCAUCACGGUGGACUAAGCGAUAUAAUAUUUGUGUCAAUUUAGUAUUAUUAUUGUACUGCGUGAGCUUUGUUGAUUAUCAUGUUAAUAGCGACACAACAUUUUAUUCAAAACAAGCUUUUAUCCUUUGACAUAAAUCGGUCAACUUACAGAUUUUUUUUUGCGUCUGAUAGGUCUAUCAAUUAUAUCAAUUUUAAGUCCAGAUUUAUAUUUUGUUACUUGCGAUUUUAAUAUUUGAGUUUUAGCCAUACUGUUAUAUCGUCAUCACUAUAAUUGGCCGUUGUUUUAUCAAAAUAGCAAACCAAGCCGCAUCAGUCCAGCUACUCAAACAAUGACCUACGAAAAUAGGCUCUGUAAAAAUCGGCUGUGUUGUCUGGUGAAUCGCUAAUAUCUUCACACUUAUAUUUUUAAGUUAUGUUAACAUUAUAAUCAGCAAAGUAUCGCUGGUUAUUGUUAAAUAUAAAUUAGUAAUUAAUAUACAAUUGAAUGCGUUAGAUUAAUUCGGCGAUCUCAUACAGCUAGUACGUAUUGUAAGGCUAUGUAUUUGAUAGUGAUUGGUUUUAAUAAAAUAAUUAAAACUA